AUGUACGAGGACUCGUGGUACAACUUUGUGCCCGAGGUAAACAAACCGCAGGCGAGCGCUGCACCGACGGGCCAUCGCCGCAAGGAGUCCACGCUGCUCCAACAGCCAAACGGCAUUACUGGCGACAAUGCAGCAUCUCAGAAACCUCUAGCGAUUGUAGAUGACGCGGAAGAAGACAAUGGACCUCCUGAACCGACAGUACCGCGCCGUGCGGCCUCAUAUUCCGACCUGAAACGAAGCGAGCCGAAACAAGCAGUUUCCAAGAAGACGACGCGACAAGAUAGAGCUUGGGAAGCAUUAUUGAUCCGUCAUGACUCAACUUAUAUUGAUGACUUGUCGAAUGAUAUAUCGAUCUUGGAUACGUUUGAUGACGAGCUGCUUGAAGCAAGUCAAGAUAGCUACCUACUAUACCACGAUCAGCUCUUACUCACCGAACGACACCUCGAUGGCCUCAUCGAUGAUGCCAAUAUCACUCUUGAGCUGCUAACAAAGCUUUCGCUCUCAUUCCAGUCCGUCGACGACCAGACCUCCACCUUCCAGGCGCAGUGUGAAGAGCUUCUGACGGAGCAGCACCGACUAGAGAAGCUCUCUGGCGAAGUGGAAAAUGACCUCCGAUACUACGCAUACCUUGAAACAGCUUCGAGACGGCUCAAUGCGCCUGGUGCUAGCCGUCUUGUAGAUGAUUCGUCAUUCGCAGAUAUGAUGGAAGAGAUUGAUUCUUGCAUCUCGUUUAUGACGUUUCACGAAAAUUACCGCGAACGAGACUCUUAUCUAGCCCGCUACAACGCAUUGCUAGCCAAGGCUCUUCAUCUUCUCGAUGUCGGCUUCACGUCACAGCUUGAAAAGGUCUCCAGCGAUAUAUCUCGACAGAUUUCGUCCAGUAAAACACAGUCGACAUGGCAUGCCCUUGCAUACGGCCGAUUUGAAGAGAUGAUGAUGGAUUCAUACUCUCUUGUUCCAAACAUUCAACGAAUUAUUGAAACUUCAUAUGAUCAGUACGGCACACGAGCAACGGGAGCAGUCGACACCGCACUCUAUGUCAACACUGCUAACAAUCUGAUGCGCACAUAUCUGACAACGCGAGAUCGAGAUUUGAAGCAAUUAACGCAGCACGAUAUUAGCGAAUAUCAGAAAGAGGCCAAGGAACUCUCUGUGGAGACUGCUUCUCGAAAUUUCAUCAAGCAGGUCUUUGAGCGGGUGCAAAACGAAGGCGCUCUGUUUAACAAGGUUUUCAACAUGAAUCUGGUUUGGAACACGGCACCUGAAUCUGCCUUUCAGGUGGCAAAGGAUAUUCAGACUACCAUGGCUCACCCAGCCAACAUGACACCGCUAGCAACGCAGCUACAAGCAGUCUUACAACCGGCUGAGCUCAAGUCCCUAUGCAAUGUCGUGGGUUGGAUUGCUGGUGAAUAUUCUAUUCUCGAAGCGGACGAGGACGAGACAGAAUUGGCCAAGAAGCUGCGAGAAUACGCAGCGCGACUACUAGUCGACCAUCUCUGGCCAUUUACAGAUACCGCAUUCGAAACGGAAGUGACCAAGGCCAUCACUAAGGCAGCUAUGGACGACUCGUCGCUAAAGAUUGGACCAGUUGUUGACGGUAUCGCUUGGUCCAAUGCCUAUCCAGUAACAAAAAAGGCAAUUGAGCUGCUCUCCAUGUUCGAUCAAGCAAUGCCAAAAGAGAGAUCUACUAAGAACAGCCCUGUCAUCUUCAAAAUUGUUCGCGAAACGAUCCAGGUCCUUCAGCGCGCAGAAGCCCGAAUUCGCAGUCUCAAGCUAGCCACUGAUGCAGAUCUGUUUACCGUCAAAAAUCUCUUGAUCUUAAAGAAUGAGUUGGUUUCGCUUGAAAUUGGCGACAUCCGCUCCAACAAGCCCGCGAGCAUGCAACACUUUACGCAAAUAUGGGAGACUCUCAGCCCGCAAAACCUGGCCGGCUUCAUUGGCAGCAUGCUGCCUUCACGUCUCUGGGGUGGCACAACCGGUGUGACUGCACAGACGCUGACGGUGGAAGAUAUGAGUGAGCAGCUGGACGAACUGUUGCGGCAGUCCAUCUACGCCUUUACCAAGCGAUGGGGUGCAUUGGUCAGCGAAACGCGCAGUGGCAAGGGCAAGGGCAAGCAGGAAUCCGACGUGGAAGGCGAUCUAGACGACCUGCUAAGGACAGCCUUUAGCGGUCAACCGGAGGUGAUGGCGAAGCUGAAGGAAGCGAUUGAGAUGAAUGCUGCUGCACAGAGCGAAAGCAAGAUCACCAAAAAGUAG